CCGGCUACCCACCAGCAGCUCCCACCUACCCACCCGCAACCCCUCCCCUGCUGUACACCACCUACGCUAGUCUUCUCAAGCACGCUGCCGUCACUACACUCAACGAGACCCUGAUAAAAUAUCUUCCGCAUUGUACUUGUUGGCAAUAAUAACGCUUGUGUCUUAAGUGCAGUAACUGUAAGUUACGAAAAGUUUACACAACAGGAAGCUGGAUGAAACUAUUUCACCAUUGUUACCGAUAGAAGUAAAAAAAAAAGUAACAUUGUACAGCGAAGCGUUGCUGGGAGAUGAUACUAGUUAGUCAAUGACGUACAGUUAGUUCUGGGGAGACUUCUGCAGUAAGUGCUCAGUUUUUGUUCCGCACUUCUGAAAAUGGCACACAAGAGGAUCGGGAUAGUCGGUUAUGGACAUUUAGGGAAAUACUUGACCAAGGCUGUGCUGGAGCGACCUGACCUUGACCUGGCCUUUGUCUGGAACCGUACAACCAUCCUGGAACCUGACCUGGAGGACAAGUAUAUAUGUCACAACCUUGAGGACUGUGGUCACUAUUCCCCAGAUCUGAUUGUUGAAGUAGCCCAUCCUGUCAUCUCUGAGCAGUAUGGGCCAAUGUUCCUGGGUUUGGCAGACUAUAUGGUUGGGUCACCAACUGCUCUAGCAUCCCAGGCAGUGGAAGACUCACUCCGGGCAUCAGCCACUACACAUGGCUUGUACAUACCAGCAGGAGCAUUUUGGGGAGCUGAAGACAUACUUAAGAUGGCUGACCGAGGAACCCUGAAGGCUCUAAAAGUUACAAUGACAAAACACCCAAGCUGCUUUAAACUUGAGGAAGACUUAAAAGCCAAGAAUGCACAAGUAUGUGGUAAUGAGGCGGUCACAUUGUACGAUGGGUCAGUACGUGGGCUGUGUUCCCUGGCGCCCAACAAUGUUAACACCAUGGCCGCUGCCGCUAUGGCUGCUCAUAACCUUGGCUUUGAUGGCGUACAAGGUUGUCUGAUUUCUGAUCCAAAACUGACAGAUUGGCAUAUUGUUGAAGUUGAAGUGACAGGCCCAAAGAUUGCUGGGAAAAAUUUCAGUGUAAAAACAAGUCGUAAUAAUCCUGCCGACCCUGGAGCCGUGACGGGCACUGCUACAUAUAGUUCUUUCCUGUCCUCUAUGGUUCGUGCUGGAGGUCAUGGACCAGGAGUUCAUUUAUGUUAACUUCCUUCAUAAGUACAGUCUUGACAUAAAUUCACUUCUCCUCACAGUAAUUUACAUAUUAAUCUGCUACAUACAGUGUAAUACACAUCCUGUUCCAGAGUACAUGUACUUACAUUUACACAUAUGUCCAGCCUAUGUAUUCACAUUUAUUCCUGCUUCAGAAGGGAUAUGUGAAUUGACAGUCAUAUGAACUAACGUAUGCACAGCGGUAACACAAUGUAGUUACAGUAUAGGCCAAUUUCUAGGAAAACUGUGUUUCACGAGCAUCUGCAUAAUAUGCAAUAUUUUUUCUUUCCUGAUGAAACUAAUGUCAUUUUAAAGUGCCAAGAUGGUGGUAAACAGUUAUUUGUGAAAGGUUAUUAUAAGGCUCCGGAUUACUGUGAAAUAACUUGUAGUUUGUUGAAGACCUUGCCUUCUCAUCAGCAUUUUGCAUUGAAUUUAAAUCUUACAUCAGAUUUAAUUCAAUUGUUUCAAGUCCUUAAUUUAAGUACUUUUUAAGUAAACUCAAUAUUGUCUCAGAGAAGUUGAAAGUUAUUUCUUACUUGAAAGAGUCACAGUUUGCUAAUUUCGAAGAUCAUUUGCCAUUUUAUUUUGCACGGGCAUUUGCAAUACCAAGUUUAACCAUUCCCACUAUUGUGUUAAUUCUGGCAGUGAUAUUUUUGUUUUGUUAUUAUAAGUCAGUAUCUUCCAAGUUGAACAUUGUACAUAAUAUACAGUAAAAUGUUGAUUUAAAGAGAUUCAA